CCGGGCGCUGGGGCGGCAGCCGGAGCGGAGCGCGCCGGGAUACUUGUGAAAGAUGGUGGAUCGCUUGGCAAACAGUGAGGCAAAUACUAGAAGAAUAAGUAUAGUGGAAAACUGCUUUGGAGCAGCUGGUCAACCUCUGACUAUUCCUGGUCGUGUUCUGAUUGGAGAGGGAGUACUAACAAAGCUGUGUAGGAAGAAGCCCAAAGCGAGGCAGUUCUUCCUGUUCAAUGACAUUCUUGUUUAUGGUAACAUUGUCAUCCAGAAGAAGAAAUACAAUAAACAGCACAUAAUCCCGCUGGAAAACGUCACUAUUGAUUCCAUUCAGGAUGAGGGAGACUUACGGAACGGGUGGCUUAUCAAGACACCAACAAAGUCUUUUGCGGUUUAUGCUGCCACUGCUACAGAGAAGUCUGAGUGGAUGAACCACAUAAAUAAGUGUGUUUCUGAUUUGCUUUCCAAAAGCGGGAAGACUCCUAGUAAUGAACAUGCAGCUGUCUGGGUACCAGACUCGGAAGCCACUGUGUGCAUGCGCUGUCAGAAAGCAAAAUUUACGCCCGUCAACCGUCGUCACCACUGUCGCAAGUGUGGCUUUGUUGUAUGUGGGCCUUGCUCUGAAAAGAGGUUUCUUCUCCCAAGCCAGUCUUCCAAGCCUGUGCGGAUUUGCGACUUCUGCUAUGAUCUUCUUUCUACUGGGGAGAUGACUGCUUGUCAGUCCACUAGAUCAGACUCCUACAGCCAGUCACCUAAAUCAUCUUUAAAUGAUGUAUCUGAUGAUGAUGAUGAUGAAGACAGUAGCGAUUAAGGACCAAACGUUUUUUCCAUGUGUUGCAAUUUGUCUUUCAAACCAUAUGGAGCUGCUUUUGGGGAAGUCUGUAGUGAGGUUCCUCGGAAAAAUUCUGUUCUAGCCAUAAAAUAUGCCUGAAUAUCUUCAAUUGCGAUGUGCCUCAAUCUAUGAAUUCUCUAGACAAUAGGUUUUUCACUCCUUUGCAGGGAUAGACUGUUGCAAAUGUUAUCAGAAUAUUUUCCAACUUCUUAUACUUGAGUUGUGUCCAAGUUAGACUUUUGUGGAAGAUUGGAUAAUAAAAUAUACUUUCUUAAUUUAACAACCCAUAC